AGGGAAACUGUUGGACAAAGAAAGAGGUUUUCUUCGUGUAAUAUUUCGAGUAACACAUGGUUAAUCAGGACUUCUACUGGUUAUUAUGUUGUAUUUGGUUGUAUUGAACUGCAUUCAACCCAUUGUUACUGUUUAAUUUGCAUUUAAAGAAGGAUUUGACAUCUUGGUAAUGUUGAGUCAUAUAUUUUCGCGGUUGUUGAAAUGGUUGCACAAUGGAUACAAUUCUUUCUUUUGAUAUUUUAAUGUCUUGAAUUGUUUUAACUCAUUACUAAUAAAUGCACUUAAUAAUGUUUGUGAAUGAUUAACUUGCAGCAGUCACAGAAAGCGUGGGAAGAAGGAGCAAUCGAGUGAAAUCCAUUCAGUUCCACAAAUUGGCUGACAUCGUUUGGUGCCACCAUCUCCUUCAUGACACGUUCCAUGAUUGCGGCGGCUGGCUCAAAGACACGCUCUCGCGCAAGUUCCUUCACCUGAAACAAAUAUAACGACGACAUCUAAAAACUCUUGAUUAAACAAGCUACGUGGCGGUCCACAUGCCAUAUCAACACAAGUCGCGUGCGUUAAUGCAGUUUUCAAACAUUCCGCGCCGAAGAACAACCUUACUGAUCGGUCAAGGGCACGCACUGUACGGAUGGCUGAAAGUGGCACAAGACCUGAUGAACCGGAAAGAUUCCCAAGACAGGGCAGUGUGUCCAGCAAACACGACCUGAUUCAGUGGGAAAAUACCUCCGUUGAGACAUGCACUAUACUGAGCUGGCUCGGUUACGGACAGGAGAUCAUACAGGCUCGGAGAGACGCAUACCGGGAGUAUAGCAAGCUGUUAACUGCACGGUUUUGUGGAAAGGCAACGUAUAUUAUGACGGGUAGCAAAGGUGAGGGGCUGAGCAGCUACUUGGAAAGUGAUCGGGAUCAAAUGAUUGUAAAUAAUAGAGUAUUCUGUUUAGAAGAUGAUGUAAAGUCAAUUGCCUUUCCUGGGGAGAUAACCGUCUUGAGAUCACUCAGCCGCAGGAGUUACCAUGGUCACUGUAGACUGCUACUGGAGAGACUCGGUGCAACAAUUCACAGGCACGUACAUGGUGCGUUUUGUGAUGACGGAUAUGGUCUCGAACUUUUGAGCAGUGACUUGUAUGUUAAUAACUGGUCGAACGAAGACUUGACUGAGGGCGAGGUGCAGCAUGAGCGUGCGGGACCGUCAAUUCCGAGUACAAUGCAUGGACACAUGCACAGUGACUAUGUACAUGCAUUACAUUACUACUGCCCCAACAUUCUGUCAAAAUGGGCCGCAAGACCUCGCCACUGGCCGCCACCGGAAGUCGUUCAGAGGGUCGUAUCACUUGGGGCAUUUCUUACGCCUGUUGGAUUUAAAGGAAGUGAAUAUCAACAUGUUGAAUGGAGAGUGUGUUUUAACGCCGGUGAGAUCGAACUAAUUAGCAAUCUUAACGACACUCAAACUAAAUUGUAUGUUUUAUUGAAAAUGAUAAAGAACGAUGUAUUACAUCCACGUAAGAAAGAAGUUUCAUCGUACACAUUGAAAAACAUCGUUUUAUGGAUGGCGGAAAAUAAUUCUCAAGCCUCGUUUCAUAAAAAAAGUAUUUUGCAGUGGUUGCAUGAAGCAUUGGAUGCGCUUAGAGUUGCAUUGAUCACCUUAGAGCUACCAUACUAUAUGAUUCCAGAAAGGAAUUUGAUGGCAACCUCUGGACUGGAUGAGGAACAGCAACGCACAUGGAUAUCAACGAUAACAGAUAUGCUCAAUGAAGGUCCGAAGAUGAUACUCAGACUUCCAAAGAUACGACAAUGCAUCGUAGCUCAUCCUGAACCAUUACGAUGGUACAGCGGGAGGAGAAUUGAGCUGGAGUUGUUGUGGCUCAUGCGCAUGAACAGAGACUUAAUCUGUACGGAUGAGAACGGGGAGGUUGACUUUACCGAUGCGAUUUGGCAGGCAUUAAUAAGACGAGAAAACGAGGUUAUAACGGAUGUUUGCGUGAGGAUGAGAAUGGAAGGGAGUCGAGUUAUCAACACACAGGCUAUUUUGGAAAGAAUUCUGAUGUAAAACGUUAACGAUGAUCAAUAGAUCACUAACAAGGCGCGGACAACACGUAAUUAUAACUUUUGAGUACAUAUUAUCUUUAACGAAUCACCGAUCAUUGUUGCCAAGAACGUGAAAAUUAUACAACUUAUCGUUAUAGUGAUUUGUUCAGUAAUUGAUGUUUGACUUGAGACGUUCGUUUCACUUUCUAAAAAUGUGCACAAUUUUACAAAAGAUCUGUUUACAGUAGGCUGAAAAAUUUACCGAAACAAUAAAUGUCGAUACAAUUUAUUAAAAAAUGUCAAUCGCAUAGAUGACAGUAGUUUGCAAAAUAAAGUUAUGUAAAGUAAUUUUGCUAUAUUGUAUAUAUCUUUACAAAAUAUGUACAUAUCGCGCUUGGAAACCAGCGGUAUAAUUUUAAGUUAUGCAUAUAUUUCUUUUUUGAACUAAUAGUAGUAACUCAUUUUGUCGACGUAUGAAGAAAUGUGACUUGUGUUUAUUUGCGCAAGCAUGUUAGGAAAUAAAGUGUGUUUGUGUUAUUUGUAUCUCAUCUUCUUAUCUAAAUGUUCACUUGGUUUAUGGUUGGUAUUGUUAACGCAUUUGCACUGAAUGAAUAUAUGUGUUACUGGCAGUUACUGAAAGUCCACUUGUAUUGUUGUAAUUGCUGUAAAUGUAUCGAUAAUAUUCUUGUUUUCCUUGUUGAGUUGAAACAUUGUUGUGAUUUGUAAUAUUUAUCAAAAAGUAUUGAACACAUGUUUGCACUUAUCGAUAAAAAUGGUGCAUCUCUGUGUUCAUUCUUAUUUUUAAAAUGUCUUCAAUAACGCUAUUGUUGCAUUCACAAAUAAGAAAUAAAGUACAGUUGUUUUAUGCGAAUUGAUUAAACUACUUCUCAUGUGAAUGUAUAAUUGCUCGUGUUUUUUACUGGACAAGUGAAUGUAAGCUUUUAUUGAACACAUAUAAUCUGUUUUCAUCAAAACACAUAGUCUGUAUUGAGUCUAAAGAUACAAAGAUAUAUGUUAUAGCAUUGAUGUUUUUAUGCGGAAAUAUUUUCAUACAUGAUAAACGUUAUGGUUGAUUUUCGUUAAUCUAGUUAUACCGUUAAUCUCGUUUUGCUCUAAGCGUGUGCAUGCUUUUUUUAGUUUUCUUUUGUUAGUUUUUUUAGCGAGGCUGUUUUCGGAGAAAACCUGAGCUAUUGUCAUUGCCAUCUCGUCGUCCGCCGUCCGCCGUAGGCGUCGUGCUAAAACCUUAACAUUGGCCAUAGCUUUUUAAAUAUUGAAGAUAGCCCCUUGAUAUUUUGAAUCCAUGUGUAUCUCAUGGAGCUGCACAUUUUUAGUGGUAAAAUUUGAAGGUGAACAUCAUCCUUUAAGGUUUAGGGUCGAAAAAACAAAGUCAAGGGAAGAAAUAAGCUUUAAAUGGACAUAGAUAUCUGACCUGCCCACGUAUAUAUUUUUGUUAAAGUACUCAAAGCGGUGCAGUAGGCGGCAUUGUGUUUCUGACAAACAAAUUGUGGUAAUGGUCAAUGUCAUCCUUUACGGUCUAUGGUAACAAAUACAGAUUUAAAGGAAGUAAUAAGCUGUAAAAAAGGAGGAAAUUAUUCAAUAUUGAACAUAGCCACUUUAUAUAUUUGGCAUGCAUGUGUAUCUCAUGGAGCUGCAAAUUUUGAGUGGUGAAUCUACAGGCACGGUAGUGGCUUUUAAUUAUUUGCUACUAAAAAUAGAGACUUGUUACAGACAAUUAUUUUCAAGGGAAGUAAUUUAUAUAAUUAUAAAUCUCAUAUUAUAUAUUUCCUUACCAAUAAUUGAAGUUCUUUUCACAGUUACAUUACAGAUGUAUUAUUUUGAUAAUUUAUAUCCCAAAUGAUUGAUUUGUCAAAGUUUUUUUAAUGAUAUAAUUAUAAUUUCUUUGAUGUUCAUUACAUACCUGUGGACUGAUGUCCAUAGAUACAUGAUCAACUCUGGCUAUGAUACUUUUGCCUCAAUAUAAGAGCUUUUUGAACGGCCGUGGACCAUCCAUCAACAGCUACACGGUGCUGAAGGACACUGUCCUUGGCUUGGUUAUAGGUCCACGGGCGUAGAUGUUAGUAGUUUUUGUAUUGUUCAGUAUCGGUUGGAUCGUGAGGGGCACUGUGGGAGAAAAAGGACAUGUUCUACCAUGGCAUUUGAAAUGGCAUUUAAUAAACACUGGUAUGUUCUGGUCACACUUAUAUGAUUGUUAAGCAUAAGCACAUUUUUGAAUUACAGUUCAUUAGAGGUAUCCAGUUAAAAUCACUCUUACGCCAUUGGCUACACGUAUGUUAUGGUCAUUAAACUGUUGAAUUUAUACUAAAUACCCAUUUUGUGUUGUAAUCAUAUGAAUGGAAUGGAAUUUUCUGCAUUGAAUGUAUGAGCGAUUGAGGACAUAUCAUGUAAAAAUGCAUGAUGCCUGAUUACAUUCCGAGGGUGUAACUUUGUAUGUUUAUUAGCAAUACAAUUAAACUCAGUUGCAUAACCA